AUGGGUCGUCCCCCCUUCGCCUGGCCAGGACUUGGUACACCUGAACCCGGCAACCCUAUUCUCGCCCAGAGCUUGCCUAUCAGCCCUCCCUCAGACCCCAGUCUCAGCCCGCACAGCGAGUCCAGGUCACUUACCUCCAGCCCGCCUCGAGGUUUCAUGACCGCUGAGCAGCGCGGGUUGAAAAGACAAAGGGAUCAGGCUCGCCGCGAAUCCAAGACUUCCGUCCGCGCCCGACGUGCCGGUAGUAACCCUUACAUGAACUCGCCCCCUCUGACUAUGCCCGACGUCUCCGCCGCCAUGGGUCUCCCCAUGUAUUCUUCAUCGCCAUCUCCCGCCUCUCUUCUCGAUGAGCCGACUUCGGGCAUGCCAACUCCCACAUAUCUACCACCAUACAGCCCACCUAUGCACGACAGCGGCUUCCAGACCGGGUAUCCGGUCAUGUCUCCGGGUUACAUGGGAAUGGACUACUCAGCAGCAUUCCAGCCUCCUCCUUAUGCCCGACCUUCCCCCAUGCCCAUGCCUCCUUCAGACCCGUCCAUGAUCUAUGGAGUUCCUCCUGCGAUGACGGGUGGCAGUGGGCCCUCAGACCAUGGUCACGUGAGAGUCGUCCAGAGCCGACCCAAGCCUCAGUGCUGGGAACACGGUUGCAACGGCCGGCAGUUUUCCACAUUCAGCAACCUCCUCCGUCACCAACGAGAGAAGUCAGGACAGGCGGCGAAGGCGACGUGCCCAAACUGCGGCGCCGAGUUCACGAGGACAACAGCGCGAAACGGCCACCUGCUCCACGACAAGUGCAAGUCACGCCGAAACGCAAACAGCAGCAGCAACAGCAGCAUCAGCGGCAAUAGCAGCUCAUGA